ACUCUGAAUGUUUUAUCUUUCGGGUGCAAUCAGAUCAAAACUAUCUAUUACCUAAAUGAACAUAAUGUUGAAUAUGAUUUACUUAUUUUUUCUAGAUACGAACGUUUAUUAAGAAGAGCCAAGGCGGAAGAUUUAACAGAAGUUUCCGGUAUUGGUUGUCUUUACCAAAGUGGUGUUGAUAGAUUAGGAAGACCGGUGGUUGUUUUUAUUGGAAAAUGGUUUCCUUUUAAUAAAAUUAACUUAGAUAAGGCUUUAUUAUAUUUGAUAGCUUUACUUGACCCAAUAGUAAAAGGUGAUUACGUGAUCGCCUAUUUUCAUACCUUAACAACAAGUAGUAAUUACCCAUCGUUUUCGUGGUUGCGCGAAGUCUACAACAUACUCCCGUACAAAUACAAGAAAAAUUUAAAGGCCUUCUACAUCAUUCACCCGACGUUUUGGACUAAAAUGAUGUCGUGGUGGUUCACUACGUUUAUGGCACCAGCGAUUAAACAAAAAGUUCACAGUCUUCAAGGCGUUGAAUAUUUAUAUUCGGUUAUGUCGCCCGACCAAUUGGAAAUACCGGCGUACAUCACCGAAUAUGAUAUGUCUAUAAAUGGUUUAAGAUAUUUCCAACCAGGUGCACCAACGUAAGUAAUCCUUUUUUAAGAAGAAAAUGAUUCGUGUUUAAAAAACUAUCGCAAAUAAGUAAAACAAAAAAAUUAAGGAAAUUUUGUGAAUAAAAGUGAUACCUUCUUGCAAUAUAUUUCGUAGCGUGAUCGUUCGAAUCGUUAAAAGACUUGAACUAAUGCGCUGUGCCAACCUCCUUUGUGUAACGAAAAAAAAGAUAUAAAAAAAUACUUACAUAAAUCUUGUGCAAAAGGAGAACUAAAAAAAAAAAAUAAUAAAAAUUUGUUAGAGUUGUAGUUUGACCAUCACAUUCCUAUUAAAAAAAAAUAAUAUCUCGAUUUUUAAAAUUGAUUUUGUUGAGAUCAUCUAGACGUAGUAGUUGUUGGUAGUGUUGUAGAUGUUUUUUAGGCGAUAAUCUAAUCGAGAGGAUACGCUUUGUUUUUGGGGCGGGAGAGAGAGGGUCUUUAUUGUUGUUGUUGUAAAAAUAAAUAAAAUAGAAUUUGCUUUCGGUAUAAACUAAGAAAUAAAAAAUAAAAUGAAAAAAUUAUGAAAGGGGUAAGCGUACAAAAAAUAAAAAUAUACAAAGACGAUAAUGUUGAUUAUUGUAUCCCAUUGCGUUUUUUUUAAAUUCUAUUAUUCCAACUUUAUUGUCUUAUAAACGUUUUUUAAAGUAUGAUUGUAUGUUUGCACUUCCGUGUAGUUUAUUAUUAGAUUAUAUUUAAACUAAUUUUUGUUAUUAAUAAAUAUAUAGAUUUUUGUAUAAGAUUCCAAGAAUUAUUAAAAGCAAUAUUUAUUGUACUAAUGUAAAAAUAAGAACAAAAUUAUGUAUACAUAUAAAUACGUUAAUUAAAGCCAUGCCGAAAUGGAAAAAAAAAUAAACAAUGUAAUAUAUAAAACUAUACCUACAAUUCUUAUGCAGAGUGAGUUGUUGACAUGUCUUAAUUUUAUAACAAUCGUGAAAGUUGAAAAAUAAAAAAAUGUUGUUCACCCUAA